AUGUCCUCGGUCUCGGUGACGGUGCGAAACCUUGCCGGCGACGCGGCAGCCUUCGUCAAAAGCGGCGCGGAGUGGAACGUGCUGAGGUUGAAGCAAGAGCUGUCCGACCUCACCGGAUGUCCGGUUCGGCAGCAAGUGUUGCUUUCGGAGACCGCGGCAACCCCCUUGGCAAAUUGGAGCCGUUUGGAGGAAUUAUUGAAAUGCGCUGCUCCCACUGAAGAAGCAAGGGAGUCUGAGAAGACCAGGCUGCUGGACCUGACGUUGCUGCGCCUGGAGAAGUCUCCUCUCUGGAGCGAUUGCCUGGAUGCUCUGAUUGCCCGAGAGUUGCCGUUCAACGAUCUGCCCCCGCAGCUGCAAAGGGAUCGCAACUUCCUACUAGGAGCUUUGGAAGCUGAUGGCCUGUUGUUGGGGGAGAUGCUUCCGGAGCAUCGUGCGGAUGCCGACUUGGUCGCGUUGGCGGUGGCUCAGAAUCCGGCCGCUUUGAGGUUUGCAAGUUGCAGUCGGCCCAUGCUGCUCUCAGUGCUUCCCGCCAAUGGCAGUGCCUUACAAUUUGCCUCCAAGGGUUACCGCAACGACCCCCAGGUGGUUUUGGCUGCGGUGACUUCUGAAGGUGAUGCCUUGCAGUACGCCUCGGCGCAGCGGCGCCAGGACCGCGCGAUCGUCCUGGCGGCGGUGCGACGCCAGGGCAGGGCCCUGCAGGCGGCAGCGCCACAGCUGCGGGACGACAAGGAGGUGGUGAUGGCCGCAGUGCGGAGUGACGCCACGUCUUUGCAACAUGCAUCCGUUGGGAUGCAAGACGAUGAGGACUUGGUGCUAGCAGCUUGCUCCAAAGACCCUCAGGCGCUGCGUUUCGCCUCGUUGCGUCUGCGUGCGGAUGCCGCCUUCGUGCGGAGCAUUGGGAAGGCUGGGAUCAAAGGCCAGCCUUACACCACUGAUCUCCAGGGACCUCCAGUUGCGCGGAAAGCUGAGGUGGGAAAGUUCUUCAAAGGAUUGGCCUCGAGCGGUGCCUGGUGUUGCUUCGAUGAGUUUAACCGCAUCUACAUUGAGGUGCUGAGCGUCAUCGCCCAGCAGCUACUGCAGCUCUUCAGUGCCAAGCGGGAACUCACCAGCUACAACGAUACGGUGGAGUUGGAGUUUGACUCCACCGUGAUCACCAUGAAGCCCACCUUCAACGUUUUCAUCACCAUGAACCCCGGAUACGCCGGGCGCAGCGAGCUGCCAGACAACUUGGCAGCGCUCUUCAGACCUAUGGCGAUGAUGGUUCCGGACUAUGCCAUGAUUGGUGAAAUCAGUUUCUACGCCUUUGGCUUUGAAAAGGGUCGUCAUUUGGCCAAAAAAAUGGUGCGGAGUCUCAAGGAGUCCAGGCUGAGGAUCACUUCAGAGACCACAUUCAUCAGUCCCAGGGCGGCAGCAGCCAUGGGAUCCCUAUGCUGUAAGCGCUCCGUUGCGCGAAGGGCCAUGACUGUGAUGGUGGCGAUGCUGGUGCUCAACCUCGCCCCACCCUCAACACUGUGGCACGUGGAAAACUCCGAGCCAGGUCCACCGCCGCCCUUUGAAGUGCUGUCAUAUCGAAAUAUGCUCACAGAGUGGCAACCUGGUUUCUUCGUCAUUUUUGUGUCGCAUCAGUGGUUGGGACGAGAUCAUCCAGAUGAAGAGGGCCAUGUGUGCCAUUGUCUCAGGAUGGCCCUGCAGAACAUCAUGACGGAAUCUCUGGUGGUGGACUAUGAUCCUUUGGCCAAAAGCCUGGGCUUCAGUCAUAAACUCAGCAAAAAGGUGGUGGGGCAGAUGAUGACGGGCUACCUGUGGAUGGAUUGGAUGUGCCUCCCACAAGACCACCUCGAUAGCCGCUUGGAGCAGUGCAUGCCUCUCUUUGUAGAGCGAUGCCCCAUUUUCGUGAUCUUGGCUCCAAAGUUGCACAACUCUCAGGGGGAGCUUUGUUCCUACCAAAGUUAUGGGAGACGCGGCUGGUGCCGGGCUGAGAUUUGGUUUAAGCAGAUGAGAACGAAGCCACAGGACAUGCCUAUGAUCCUCAUUACGGGUGGUGAAAGUGUGAAGUUCUUGCGUGCGCACAAUUGGGUCUACAACAUGGUGCACGAUGGUCUCUUCUCAGUGCCAGGGGAUCGGGAACUGUUGAAGCCGGUGAUGGAGACCCUGAUGAAGAGCAAGCUGGAAGAGUUUCUGCUGCAGGGGAAAAUGUAUUAUUUUCGCUACUUUAAGAGUCGAUUGGAGACCGUUGCGAACCUUGGAAAGAAGAGCCGGAGCUUUGAAGAGUUUCUUGCAGAUUUUCACUUUGACGAGAAGUCCCUCCGGUGCUCCUCCGGUCUGGGCGCCGUGGCCUGUGCCGUGCUGAGUGGCGACCUGCAGCUGCUCCCGACGUUGGUGGAGAAGGGCGCGAAGCUCCGCUGUCGGGCACCGAACAUGUUGGAGAUCGACAUCUUGCCGGGCAUGACACCUUUGCAGCUCGCGGCCAAGCACAGCUGCGACCGAGUCGCGAUUCAGCUGCUGCUGGAAUUGCGAGCAGACAUCAAUGAGACGGACUCCUUAGGGACCUCCGUGCUGGGUCACGCUGGCACGCCAGAGGUGGUGGAGCUGCUCAUUGAACGGAAGGCGGAUGUGAACCAAAGGAAAGGGCCGUUUGGGCUACCAGCUCUUUCUGCUUGCAUCUUGCGACCGCUGGCACCUGAGGGCAUAGCCCUGAUGAUUGACGCACAAGCAGAUGUGAAUGUUGGCCGGGGGAUGUAUUGCUUUUCUCCUUUGAGCACGACAACUCUCUACAGAGAAAUGCCCAUGAACACGGAAACUUGCUGGCUCUUGCUCAAUGCACGGGCGGAUGUCAAUUACCGAGAAGGUUUCUACAGGCCCCUGAAUUUGUUUGCACGUCUACUGAUGCAGUUCCAAAGGAAGCCCUCACCAAUCGUGGAUGGGAUCGCAGGAUGCAAUGGAGCUACGCCCUUAUACAUUUCGGCCUGGUUUGGGAACCCCGAGAUGGUGAACCUUUUACUGCAAGCCGGGGCGGACCCGGAGCUGCGAAAUUGUUUGGGCCGGAGCUACCUGGAAGCCUUGAAUAUCAAUUGCUUCAAUUGCGGGGCCACCUCCAUGUCAUGGGAACUCCAGGGGCCCAAACGUUGGGUGUCCAAUCCGGAAGCCCUGUUUCAGGAGUGGAUAGAAUGCGGAAGCCCCAGCCGCGGAAGCGAGAGAAAGACCAAGAAAAGCAAACAGUCCCAGCCAGAACCCGAGGAUCCUCAAGUAAUUGGGCACGGAGUGGAAGAUGAUGGCGCGCUGGGCACAGUCUGAAUGGGCACUUUUUUCACCACGAAAGCUGGAUGUUUCACACAUAGCAGGUGCACGCGUGUUUGCAAUAUGUAUUCUGGGUGGACCUUG